UCCGCACCCACAGUAAGGCAGGGCUCCUGUUGCUUUCUCAUGCUUGACUGGCCUUUUUAUCUUUCCCCCUCCACCAGUCAGAGAGGAGAGGACUGUACACAGGACCAUGGGGGGAAGGGAAAGGAAGGGGAGGGGGCAUCUGUGUCUGAACCUAUCCAGAAGCCAUUAGACAGCUGAGACGGAUGCAUCUGGGUUCCCAGACUUAACAAGAGCAGCCCAGCCCUGCCACGCACACAAACACAUACACACACACACAUCACACAGAGAACACUUUAUUCCUGCCUGCCUGGACUCCCACACAGAAGAAGAGAGGCUUGGGGAAAACAAGCAAACGCUUACUUGCAACCCCUAAUUUUACCCCACCCCCACCACUCCUAGUAAUCUGAGAGACUUCUAGGGCCUCCUUGGAUUUUGUUGGAGACUGGGGCUAUAAAGAUUGUUGGAGAUAUGAUGGGACCAGGAACAGAAAGGUUUAAGACUGGGAAGGAUGGCAUCAGAAAUAGAAUGCUGGACUUGAAGGCAAGAAUACUUGUAUUCACAUCCUACCUUCAGCAGGAUUAUUAGAUGUAUACCACCAUGGAGAUGGUGCUGACCUUUCUAUGUAGCCUAUUGGUUCCUUUAGUCCUAGCCAGUGCUGCUGAUCAGAAAAAAGAACAAGAUCCUUUUCAUUAUGAUUACCAGAGUUUGAGGAUUGGAGGCUUGGUGUUUGCUGUGGUCCUGUUUUCAGUUGGGAUCCUCCUUAUCCUGAGUCGGAGAUGCAAGUGCAGCUUCAAUCAGAAGCCCAGAGCUCCUGGGGAUGAGGAAGCCCAGGUGGAGAACCUGAUCACCUCAAAUGCCACAGAACCACAGAAAGUGGAGAACUGAGAUGUGCAGCCAUCAGACAAAAUGCCACCAAUCCCUAAAGAUCACUGCGCAAUACCAUAGAUGCCAACAGUGAUGCUUGAAAAACCUGGAAACCACAGCAACAAAAGCUUUCCCAGGAAAAAUCAAGAAGUCAUGUGUUCAUUCCCGUCCAUUUCCUCCAAAAGUGGUUCCUCCAAAAGAAGUCUGGUGACUUCUAAUUCUUGUUCCUGUUACCCUAUUGUCCUGUCUGACUUGUGUGAUGUGUAUGUGUGUGAUUGGUCAAUAUGGUCUUUGUGACUCUGUGUUUGUGGAUGAUAUUGUGUCCCUAGUAAAACUUGGAUUAAUUUUCCCCAAGGUCAGGAGUUAGAAAAUCCACCCACCACCAUGGUCUCCUCUUCCUAUCUACUCUCCUCCCACCCUGCUCAGAGAAGGCUGCUGUUUCCCAAGGAGACAAGCAGUUCUUUUCCUUGAUUUGUAUGGAUAAGGAAGGGCAGGGUAUACAUUUCUGACUACUUUGAGUCUCCCAGAGGAUGGCAACAUAGGUGUUAUAUGCAAUGGUCUUAGUUGUAGUCUUUUAUCUCUCCUGCUUCUUCCCCACCUGUAACAGCUGCAUAUUCUGCCCUUCAGCUUGGUCUGAGGAUACCUAAACACUUGUUAUAAGCCCAAGGCAACUUAGAGCUGCAGCUUUUGCUUCUGUGGGAAGAAGGGUAGCACUUGGCCGUUUCUUAGAAUCAUGGAUACUGAGAUGCCAUCUAGCUAACUCCUCAAAUAGUGCAAUAAUUCCUCCUACAGUAGUCUUGACAUCUAACUCCUGCAUGUGCACUUUGAGAGACAGGAAGCUGGCAAUUGUUCAAAGCAGAUUGUGACAUUAUUGGAUUGUUUUAAUUGUUGAAGAGUUUUCCUUUCUAUUUUGAAUCAAAAUCAACUUGCCUUGAAGCCAUCAAGAGUCUGUCCUUUAUUUCUGAUCUUUUCCUUGAUAACAACCCCUAUCAUGGUCCUACAUUUGCCAUCUCCCAAGCUGAGGAAAGCCUGAAUGUCAUAGUGACAUUUAGAUAAAGCCUCUGUCUUUCCUCCCUAACCCCCAUCCUCUACCCCAAAGUGGAGGUGUUGAGAUUCUAUGGAUAGUCUCAGCUUGAUUUUCAGAAUCUUAGCAAUAGCCCCAGUAUUUCUGAAGCCUAAUAUAGUUCCCAAAUCCAAAUCUUGCUCUUAGGAUCUUAAUUUCCUUCACCUGGUGUCAGCUGAACUCCAAACUACUGUCCUUUAGUAUGAAAUGUGGGCCGUGGCAGGAAUUGCUUAUUGUGGUUUAAUGGGGGUGUUUGGUCUCACCCUGUCUGAAGUUUACCUAACCCUUAUUAUCAUUUUUUUCUGAUAUGAGGGAACAGCACUAGAGGGGAAACUAAAGUUGGGGAAAGACAAAGUGUGGAGUUCAGGGGUGGCAGAAAGGAGGAGAAGGGAAGAGAAGAAAAGAGAAGAGAAGAAGGAGGAGGAGGAGGAGGAGGAGGAAGAGGAGAGAGAAUAUUGAUAUUAAUCAAGGCAUCUCCCUAUAUGCCUUUUUCUCUGUUUCAGUCCUUUUGUGCUUGCAGUGCACACUGCCUCAUGUACUCAGAAUGUUGGUGGUGAUGGUAGCUUACUUAGGUGGAGAUUGCAUGAUGUGGCUGUUUAUUUUAUCUUUUCACAAAUCUAGUCCUUUUUGCCCAAAUGUGCAUCAAAAAUGAUGAGAUCUUAAGUAUUGUAAUAUGAAUGAAAAAAAAAAAAAAAAAAGGCCACAACCUGCCUCCUUACCACCUUUGUGUUCUUGUGGAAAUUGAGCAAACUGUAUUGCUGUGAUCAAAGACUGUUGUAUUCUGUAUUGUGAUUUAGAUUCUCCUAAAGCAAAAAAAAAAAAAAAGAAUAAAAUAUCAUUUCUAUCCUA